UCAUGGGCAUUUAUUUAAGGGGCGCUCACAGAACGACCACACACUUCUCUUCGCCCGACUCACAUUCUCUCCUUGAGGAGCAGAGAAGCUGUAAUGGAAUCUAUCUCUGAACGCUCCCUGUGUAAUUCUAUCAUUUCGCGCUUCUCCUCGUCGUCACUUCAGAGGCGGAGCUCCUGUGAACCUCGACUUCGUCUUGUUUUCGGCCGGAAAAUCCAGAAGAGAUUACAGGUUGUGUCGUGCGCCCCUGAGACCAUGAGCUAUGUCCAUACGGACUCUUCAGUGAAGAAUUCUAAAGAGGUGAAGCUAUGGGGUGGUCGAUUCGAAGAAAACGUCACUGAUGCGGUCGAGAGGUUCACUGAAUCGAUUUCGUAUGACAAGGCUCUGUACAAGCAGGACAUUAUGGGAAGUAGGGCUCAUGCUACAAUGCUCGCUCAUCAGGGCUUGAUCAGUGACAGUGAUAGGGAUAGUAUACUGAAGGGUCUCGAUGAGAUUGAGAGGAUCAUCGAAGCUGGGAAGUUUGAGUGGCGGGCGGAUAGGGAGGACGUACACAUGAACAUUGAAGCAGCACUCACUGAUUUGAUUGGAGAACCUGCAAAGAAGCUUCACACUGCUAGGAGCCGGAAUGAUCAAGUUUUGACCGAUUUCCGUCUCUGGUGCCGUGAUGCCAUAGAUGAAAUCCUUGCCCACAUAAAACGUCUUCAGGUUUCACUAGUGACCUUGGCUACAAAAAAUGAAGGGCUGAUUGUUCCUGGAUAUACGCAUCUACAAAGAGCCCAACCUGUUCUACUGCAACAUCUUCUUUUGUCAUAUGUUGAGCAGCUUGAACGUGAUGCUGGUCGUCUGGUAGACUGCAAAGUUCGGUUGAACUUCUGCCCUCUAGGUGCAUGUGCAUUGGCAGGGACUGGCCUCCCCAUUGAUAGGUUUAUGACUUCUGAUGCUCUAGGGUUUACAGCACCCAUGAGGAACAGCAUCGAUGCAGUUUCAGACAGAGAUUUUGCCUUGGAGUUCCUGUCUGCCAAUUCUAUUACAGCCAUCCAUUUAUCUCGUCUUGGCGAAGAAUGGGUUUUGUGGGCUUCAGAGGAGUUUGGAUUUCUCACCCCAAGUGACGCUGUAUCCACUGGUAGUAGUAUAAUGCCUCAGAAGAAAAAUCCAGAUCCAAUGGAACUUGUUCGUGGAAAAUCUGCUAGAAUUGUGGGAGACCUCAUCACUGUUCUUGUACUGUGCAAGGGCCUCCCUCAUGCUUACAAUCGUGAUCUACAGGAAGACAAGGAACCUCUGUUUGACAGUGUUAAAACCAUCAUAGGGAUGCUUGAAGUUACUGCAGAAUUUGCACAGAACAUUACUUUCAAUAGGGAGAGAAUACAGAAGUCUCUGCCAGCUGGUCAUCUGGAUGCCACAACACUUGCAGAUUAUCUAGUGAAGAAGGGAGUACCAUUUAGAACUUCACAUGAUAUAGUUGGAAGGUCGGUUGCAUUGUGCGUCAUGAAAAACUGCCAGCUUUCAGAGUUGACGCUUGAUGAGCUGAAAAGUAUCAAUCCAGUAUUUGAAGAGGAUGUUUAUGACUUUCUCGGAGUUGAAAAUGCAGUCAAGAAAUUCUGCUCAUAUGGGUCGACGGGCUCAAAAUGUGUAGCUGAUCAGCUUGGCUUUUGGCUUGCCAAGCUUGACAUCCGCAACUAAGCUAUUGGCAACUCUUACGCAUCUUUUCUGAUUGGUGGUGCAUUCUGAAGUUGUGGAUUCAGAGUUAUCCAAUAUGAAGAAAGGUCAGGGAG